AUGGAAGAGACAUUAUCUCAGGAUGAAUGCCCGAUGGCUACUCUAAGAAUAAUUCAAAGAAAUCACAUGGAAAAUCAGUCUACUGUGACAGAGUUUCUUCUGAUGGGAUUUGCUGAUGAUCGUGCAGGGCAAAUUUUGCAUUUUGUGAUAUUCCUCUCCGUUUAUAUGAUAGCCUUAUUUGUGAAUAUUCUCAUAAUCACAGUUGUGUCCAUCAACUACAAGCUUCAUACCCCCAUGUACUUUUUUUUGGUGAAUCUGUCAUUCUCCGAUGUGUGUCUUAUUUCUGUCACUGUCCCCAAAUCCAUGUCCAAUUCCUUAACAAACAACAAAGUGAUCUCUUUCUAUGAUUGUGUCACUCAGAUUUUCUUAGUUAUCAGUUUCGUAGGUGUUGAGCUAGCCAUGCUGAGUGUCAUGGCUUAUGACCGCUACGUAGCCAUCUGCCAUCCUCUGCAGUACCGAUUAAUCAUGAAUUGGGGUGCCUGUGCUCAGAUGGCAGCUGCUUCCUGGAUCAUCAGUGUGAUGCAUGGUGUGCUACAAACUAGUCUCACCUUUAGGUUAAGCUUCUGUGGAUCCAAUAUUGUUGAGCAGUUUUUCUGUGAUAUUCCCCAGCUGCUAAAGAUCUCCUGCACAGAUACAAAAGUGAAUCAAAAUCUGAUAUUCAUAAUUGGGAGUGUUGUGUGUGCCUUCGUGUUUGGGUCCAUCUUUUUCUCCUAUGGCUACAUCUUCUCCACUGUGCUUAAGAUUCCAUCAGUUCAGGGCAGAUAUAAAGCCUUCUUUACCUGCACUCCUCAUUUGACGGUCUUUUCUUUAUUUAUCCUCACAGCUAUGUUUUCCUAUUUGAGGCCUAAAGCACUUUCCACUCCAACUGUGGAACUGGUUUCGGCUGUUAUGUAUUGUGUUUUACCACCAGCACUGAAUCCUAUCAUUUAUAGCAUCAGGAAUAAGGAUAUCCAAGAGGCUGUAGGGAAAAUGCCCCUUAAAAUUAAAAGUCUAAUUAGAUGA